AUGAUAUCAAUAACUUUAACAAAUGAUAGUGUUCAUGAUAAGAUAUCUGAUUUAGGUUUAUCUGUGUUUAUAGGUAACAUAAAAAGAACAAAAAAGUUGUUAAAAAAAAAUGAUAUAAAUUCAAAAUUUAUGAAUAAUAAUAAUUUACUUCACAUAUGUUCUUAUAAUGAAGAUGCUAAUAUGUUUUAUUUUUUAUUAACUAAUGGAUGUGAUUAUAAGCAUAUUAAUGAUAAUGGUGAUACAUGUUUACACAUUAUUGCAUUAAAUAAUAAUUUAUACUGUCUAGAUAUUCUUUGUCGUAAUAAUAUUAAAGACAUUAUUAAUAUAAAAAAUAAGGAAGGUGAUACAGCUUUACAUAUUUCUAUAAAGAAUGGAUUUUAUCGAUUUUUUUCUUUGUUAAUUAAAUAUGGGGCAGAUACAUGUAUAAAAGACAAUUUUGAUAUGGAUUGUUAUGAAUUGGUAGAUCUAUAUAGAAAAAAAGAAAAGUUUUAUGAUUGUGAAUCAAAUACAUAUUCUAAUAUGUAUAAUUUACUAAUGAACAUAAGAAAAAAAAGUUAA